ACGUAAGGAACAACAAGCCCGUAGAGGAAGUGCGUGGCGUUCCCGUGAUCCCUUGCGCCUGAACGCGUUUGUUCCGAGCUUCAUCAUGGCUAGCGACGGGCCGCCGGGCGCUGAUUCGAAUAUAGAUAUUAACACAUGGACCCACGGAGAGCUGCAGGCCAAGCUGGCCGAGUUUGGAGCACCUAACAUGGGUCCCAGAGAGGAGCUCAUAGACCGACUGAAAUCUUAUGCACAGUCUGGGAUGAUCUUAACUAAGCCGAGCAUGCCAGGAGAUGACAAGGUCAUGACUACCACGAUGCCGGGUCUGCCGCCCAUGCCCCCGAUGCCCUCUAUGCCCCUGCCGCCGGGCAUGAACAUGAUGCAGGCCAUGAACAUGAUGGGCGGCCCUCCACCCAUCCACAUGGGCAUGGAGCCGCCCGGCAUGAUGCAGCACGACGACAGAGCAGCGCAGGUGAGAGAGAACCUGAGCCUUACGUUUCAACCUCAGGGUGAGCAGAUGAAGGAGCAGGAACUCCUCGAGCAGCAGAAACGGGCUGCUGUGCUUCUGGAACAUGAGAGGCAGCAGGAACUUGCUAAAAUCCAGCAGGGGGCGCCACCCGGCACUAGAGGACCUGAACUGGGACCACGACCCAACCUCCUGCCCCCCAUCCCGCCUCUCAGAGUUGGGACUCAGGGUGGCCCCGCCCCUCCAGGUGUUUCUCUGGUGCCCCAAUCUGCCAAUCAACGACAGAAAGUCCCGCCCCCUCCAGGAGAAGACGCCAGAGAGUCGUGGCAGGGCGAAGAUGUCGGCAUCGGGCCGAAGAUCCCUCAGGCUCUGGAGAAGAUCCUGCAGCUGAAGGAAAUGAGGCAGGAGCAGCUCAGCAUCGCCCCUACAGAGGAAUAUGAUGACCAAGAGACUGGCGAGAUGGAUAUGAAUAAUUCCUCCGCCCGCGGAUACUCAGAUGAGGACGAUGAAAGUGGUCUUUCUAAAAAAGAUAAAAAUCGCAAGCGCAGGAACAGGAAGAAGAAGAACAAAAAGAAGCGGCAGCAGGAGGAGGAGGAGAAAAAGAAAGAGGAGAGCCAUGAGAAAGAGCCCGAGGUGGAGAUCGAGUACGUGACGGAGGAGCCUGCGGUCUACGACCCAAACUACAUCAUCUUCAAGAGGAUCUUUGAGGCUUUCAAGCUGACAGAUGAUGUGAAGAAGGAGAAGGAAAAGGAGCCGGAGAAGCCUGAAAAGCCAGAAAUCCUUUCAUUUAAGAAGAAGGGGUUCGAGCUGGAGAAGAAAGACAGCGACGACAGCGACGAGGAAAUGAAAAAGGACAUGCCCAAGUUGUCCAAAAAGAAACUGAGGAGGAUGAACCGGCUGACGGUGGCAGAGCUCAAACAGCUUGUGGCACGUCCAGAUGUGGUGGAGAUGCACGACGUGACGGCGCAGGAGCCCAAGCUGCUGGUUCACCUGAAGGCCACCAGGAACACGGUGCCUGUGCCCCGUCACUGGUGCUUCAAGAGGAAGUACCUGCAGGGCAAGAGAGGCAUAGAGAAACCUCCGUUUGAGCUGCCCGAGUUCAUCAGGAGAACCGGCAUCCAGGAGAUGAGAGAAGCCCUGCAGGAGAAGGAAGACGCCAAAACCAUGAAGACCAAAAUGAGAGAGAAAGUUCGGCCCAAGAUGGGGAAGAUCGACAUCGACUACCAGAAGCUGCACGACGCCUUCUUCAAAUGGCAGAUCAAACCGAAGCUCACGAUACACGGGGACCUGUAUUAUGAGGGUAAAGAGUUCGAGACGCGGCUGAAGGAGAAGAAGCCAGGCGAUCUGUCCGCUGAGCUGCGAGUCGCUCUCGGGAUGCCCACAGGACCUAACUCUCACAAAGUUCCUCCGCCGUGGCUGAUCGCCAUGCAGAGAUACGGACCGCCACCCUCGUAUCCAAACCUGAAGAUCCCCGGCCUCAACGCCCCCAUCCCUGAGGGCUGUUCGUUUGGGUAUCAUGCGGGCGGUUGGGGUAAACCUCCUGUGGACGAGACGGGCAGACCGCUGUACGGAGAUGUGUUCGGCACCAACGCCAUAGACUUCCAUGCCAAAGCAGAGGAGGAGGAAGUAGACCGAACCCCGUGGGGCGAGCUGGAGGCGUCUGAUGAAGAGUCAUCUGAGGAAGAGGAGGAGGAGGAGGAGAGCGACGAGGAGAAACCUGAUGAAACGGGCUUCUUCACGCCUGCGGACAGUGGUAUGAUCACUCCGGGCGGCUUCUCCUCCGUUCCUGCCGGCAUGGAGACUCCAGAGCUCAUCGAGCUCAGGAAGAAGAAGAUCGAAGAGGCCAUGGACGGAAACGAGACGCCUCAGCUGUUCACGGUGCUGCCGGAGAGGAGGACGGGGCCGGUUGGGGCCGCGAUGAUGGCGUCCACACACAUCUACGACAUGUCUACGACGGUGACCAGCCGUAAGGUGGGUGGAGUCUCGGGGCUGGGCGGAGACUCUCAGGGGGUGGAGGUGGCUCUGGCGCCGGAGGAGCUGGAGCUCGACCCCAUGGCCAUGACGCAGAAGUACGAGGAGCACGUCAGAGAGCAGCAGGUGGAGAAAGAGGACUUCAGCGACAUGGUGGCCGAACACGCCGCCAAACAGAAGCAAAAGAAGCGCAAGGCGCAGCCGCAGGACACGCGCUCUGGAGCGAAGAAAUACAAAGAGUUCAAGUUCUAGCCCUGCAGUGAGCUGCGGGAGACCAGCGCCCCUCAUCCUUCAUUUCUUACUCUCUUUAACCGCUGAUGUUGUGUGGAAGUGCCCUUGUGUUUGUACGUCACAUGACAGUGAGCGACGUUUUUCAUUUAUGCUUGAUGUUUUUGUAAAUAAAAUACCAGUCCAUAACAAA